AUGGGGAAUUUUAUUUGCAAGGUACUUUCAAAAAUUUUGGCUCUUAGAUUGGCUGGUGUUCAUCCUCACUUAAUAUCUGAGGAACAGCGUGAGUUUCAGAAAGAAAAGGUGAUUUUUGAUAAUAUCAGUUUGGCAUCGAAGUUGACAAAUCUUUUUCACAAGGUUGGGAGAGGGGGAGGUGUAGGCCUUAAGAUUGAUAUUCAAAAGGCUAAUGACACUCUCUCAUGGGAUUUUUUGCUUGAAGUGAUGAUGAAGUUUGGCUUCAGUGAGGUUUGGGUUCGUUGGAUGUAUAGGCUGCUGGUUACUACUUGUAUUUCGGUUCUGGUGAACGGUGGUCCAGUUGGUUUCUUUGGGGUGAAGAGGGGGCUUCGCUAG